UUGUUUGUGCUCCGCUCGGUAGAGUUGUGUACAGAGGGAGAAGGGGACUGAUUGCUAGCUUGGGAGCUAACGAUUAUAGAAACGGGGUUGAACGUGGAAAUGUUUCACACGAUGGGCUUCUUUUCCUAAAAGCGUACAUUGGAUACCUGUUUUGUGACAAAGAGGCCUGGACCGGCCGUUUUCAAACAGAACCAACAUACAUUUACGCUUGUAUUGUAGCCAACCAUCGUGCUGUGUAGCCACAGCACAACACAGCAGCGCCAGUCGGAGCCCGUCUCCAAAACAAGAAUGGGGUCUAGGUCCACAGCACGGUUUAGGUAAAGUGACCUUUGGUUGUGCUCUCUAAAUGGCAAAUUUCACGAAUUACCAAGAAAGCAAAGCUGCUAUGUUGUUAGUGGAGACGCAACAGAGGGGCAUCGGGACGAAACCAGCGGCAACCAAUGAUGGAGACACCUCGGUCGGGGAACCCCCUUCCCCGUUAUUGAAUAUCGGUGGCGUCGGGGCCAGCGGAGCUCGUUUCCAUCAGCACUUGCCGCCCUCCAGCCACCAUCACUACCCCCAGACCUCGCUGCCCAAAGAACAACAACACCCGCUGUCGCACCACUACCAGGCGGCGACGGAGCAUCAUCUCUCUGUUGAAAACAUCACGGAGUCCCCGGUAAGGAAAGCCUCGUCAUCGUCUUUGAACCUGGUACAGCAGGACCCCGCUGCUAGCCACCACGCACUCGCUGCGUCGGUAAACGCGGCGUCAGCCGCGAUACAACUAGCCGCGAAUGCUAAUGUUAGCGUGGCUACCUCAGAAGGUGUAGUGGACGACAUUCAGAAGUGUGGCUAUCUGCGGAAACAGAAACACGGCCACAAGAGGUUUUUCGUGCUGAGGGCGGCCAGCCACCUAGGCCUCAGUCGGUUGGAGUACUAUGACAGCGAGAAAAAAUUCCGUAAUAGCCUGCGGUCUGCUGCUGCGGCAGCUGCAAACGGUACGGUCGCCGCUUCUCCCCCGAAAAGGGUGAUCUAUCUGUAUCAGUGCUUCACUGUCAAUAAAAGAGCAGAUUCCAAAAACAAACACCUCAUAGCCCUCUACACUAAGGAUGAAUACUUUGCUAUUGUAGCUGAAAACGAGCAGGAACAAGAUGAUUGGUACGUAGCCCUGAGUGAACUGAUGAGUGAGGGGAAAAGGGGGCAUCUAGACUCGGACGAGUUGGAUGAUGGUUAUGGUACAGUCACACCAGGUACGGUUUUCAAAGAGGUGUGGCAGGUGAACGUGAAACCCAAAGGGCUGGGUCAGACCAAGAACCUCACAGGUGUGUAUCGUUUAUGCCUCUCUACUAAAACUAUCCACCUGGUCAAACUAAACUCUGAGACACCGUGUGUCAACCUUCAGUUGAUGAACAUCAGACGCUGUGGACACUCAGAAAGCUUCUUCUUCAUGGAGGUGGGUCGGUCGUCUUCUAUAGGCCCUGGGGAGAUAUGGAUGCAGGUAGAUGACUCUGUAGUGGCCCAGAACAUGCACGAGACCAUCCUGGAGACCAUGAAGGCUCUGAAGGCCUUCGCAGAGAUCCGCCCCAGGAGCAAGAGCCAAUCCUCUGGCUCCAACCCCAUCGCUUUUAUCACCACCCGCCGUCACCUAGGUAACCUGCCUCCAAGCCAGACAGGUCUCCAGCGCCGCUCCAGGACCGAGUCGGUGGUUGGGACGCCGCCAUCGAGUAAGAGCUCUGGCGCCAGCGGCUAUCGCUUCCGAACAUCGAGCGAGGGUGAGGGGACUAUGAACCGGCCAUUCCGAUCCGUUACCGGCAGCCUGAUCCACCUGAACACUGCCCGGAUACACCUGGGGCGCCAGGAGGGCGGGGUAGGGGCAGGGAAUACCGGGAGCACCGGGGUUGUAGGGCGCUACGCCAGGGCGAUACCAGGGUCCACCUACCACGCUCGCUCCGCCUCGCUCCCCGUCUCCCACUUUCCCUCCACCACCUCCCCCGUCAGCGUGUCCAGCAGCAGCGGGCACGGCUCGGUCUCCGAUACCCUGACCCGGCCCUCCUCAGCAUCCAUCUGCGGUUCCCCCUCCGACGGAGGCUUCAACUCCUCAGACGAGUACGGCUCCAGCCCUGGGGACUUCCGCUACUUCAGGGUCCGGAGCAACACUCCUGAUUCUCUUGGCAACACCCCACCAAUCAGAGAGGAGAACUGCAUGAGCGACUACAUGGCCAUGGGCUGGCACCGCGAGGUGUUCGGAGCCGCCAGCGGUGGAGGGAGUAGUUCUGGCAGCGCGGAGACCCCCAACCGGGACGAGAGCACGUCGACGGAUGACGACAGGUCCCUGAGGAGACGGGCCCACUCGUUCACGCGGCCCGGGGGUCAGGGGGUUGUUGCCGGCGGCAGCAGUGGCGUGACGGUGUACCAGAAGAUGACCCAGACCACCUUCUCGCUGGACGAGUCGGUGUCCGUGGGAGAGGCCCUGUCUCUCGUCCGCACCGACAGCAUCACCCAGCCUUCCUCCUCUUCUUCUUCCCUCCGCUCUGACUACAGCUCCUGCUCCGAGCACAGCCAGGGCCGACCCCCUCUUUCAGCCAAGGAGGACAGCGGCUACAUGCCCAUGUUGUGUGGGGUGGCAGCCUCACCCUGUGACGCACCGGACUACAUGCCUAUGCAACCCAGCUCCCCCUCUCUUCACCACCACCAGCCCCAGCCCUCCCACUCUCCCCAGGCCCCCCGCUCAGUCCAACAGCCCACAGACCACCGUGGCUACAUGAUGAUGCUACCAGGGGGGCGGAGCUCCUCUUCCCCAGUCCAGGCCUCCCCCAGCCCCCACAGCAGUAGCAGUAACAUGGGUCUGGGUGGAGGUAGUGUCAGUAGUUCUGGUAGUAUAGUGGAGCGGCCCGAGAAUGGAGAGUACAUGGACAUGUCGUACAGCAGUAGUGGAGGAGUUGGAGGGGACGCGGCAGGGGGACGGAAGUUCUGCAACGAGGGGGGAUACUACGCACUGAGCAACCCUGAAGGGAGAGACCCCAAAUCAUACAGCUACAGCCCCUACUUCUCCCUGCCUCGCUCCUACAAGGCCCCCGCUGCGAGAGAGAGGGAACAGAGAGAGAGGGAACAGAGAGAGAGGGAACAGAGAGAGAGGGAACAGAGAGAGAGGGAACAGAGAGAGAGGGAACAGAGAGAGAGGGAACAGAGAGAGAGGGAACAGAGAGAGAGGGAACAGAGAGCGCAUGAUGACUAUGUACCCAUGAGCUCCCCGGCGAAACCAGUCUACUCCCAGGUUGCUACCGGCAACGUCGCCGAGAGGGGCGUGACGACGAGGGGUGUUGGUAGUGGGGGGUCAGACACCCCUCACAUCCUCCCUCACGCCUACCCGCCCCCUCCCUACGGGGUGCACCACCAAGCGGCUAACGGUGACCGUCGGACGAUCCCGGUCCGGCCCAACCGCCUCCCCCUAGGGCGCCGCAGCUUCCACGGGUCACUGAGGGUCAGCGAGCCGGACGCCGUCGAGGUACUCUCCAGCCCUGGAGAGUACAUCAACAUCGAGUUUGGGGGCCGCUACGGACCCCCAACGUCCUGCCCCCUUUCUGCCCAGGAUGGCUCACCCUCGGUGGGCUCUGCUGAACAGCGCCGCUCCCCUCCCCAUCCUCAGAACCAGGACUAUAUGAGUGUAGAGGUGGGGGGUGGGGGUGAUGAUGGAGGACGCCUGGCUAAGAACAAGUCUCCCAGACCCUCACUGGUGGCUCCCUGGAACCCACCCAGCUACAUCCGACCUCUUGCCGCUGGGGCCUCCGUGAGUGGGGCCCCUGAUUCUUCUGGAGCUCGAUGGAGGACGGGGACAGAUGACUACACAGAUAUGACCUUUAACCUCAGCAGGGGUGAGGAGUCGCGGGGGUUACGGAGUAGUCCCACGGCCAUGCUGCAGCACCUGUGUUUGAUGGAGAGCUGCUACCCCCCCACCUUAACCUCUGCCUCCCCUCCCUCCUCCAGCCCCCAGCCUGAGCCCAUCAAGGUGGUACGCGCGGACCCCCAGGGGCGACGCCGACACAGCUCCGAAACGUUUUCCUCAUCCUCCACCUCCGGAGGAGGCGGAGCCCCAAGCUCCAACCCCAACCCCUCCUUGGGCUCAGCCAACCCCUCCUUGGGCUCAGCCAACCCCUCCUUGGGCUCAGCCAACCCCUCCUCGGGCUCAGCCCUCAACGUAGCUCAUCUGGCCGAGAGCUCCAAGUGGACCGGCUCUGGCUCCUUUGACAGUGUGUGGAUGUGUGUUGAGGGGGUAGGGGGGGACUCGGCCGUUCUCCCUGCCCGUCCAGGGCCUUCUGAUCUGGGCAUGGCCUCAGCCUCAUCUGUGUGUCCUCCUGGGGGUCGGAUGUGCAGGAACAUGUCUGUGGGGUAUCAGAACGGACUCAACUACAUCGCCCUGGAGCUGAGAGAGGACCGGGACUCUAACCCUCUACCCGUACCCCAGCAGCAGCAGGGAGGCACCGGGCAUGGUACCGGGGCGACCCCCAACGCCCCCCAAGCCAGUAACCUGACUGUGCCAGUAGCGGAGGACAACGGAGCCUAUGGCAGUAUAGACUUCAUCAAGUCAGACGGGAUGACUGCCACGUCCAAGGACUGAUGACUGAUGAGGGAGCUGAGAAGGGAGCAUCACAGACCCCCUCUACCGUGGCCUUCAACACCCCCACACCACACUUUGAUCUUCAACCCCUCAACCUCGACCCCAAGGUCAGCCCACGAGGUCACGCCCCCUCUGAACAACAACAACAACAUCUCGAAGAGGACAGAAAACGAAGACUGAAUGCGCCACAUUUGUGUUUAAUUAUUUUCAUUUUUUUUGCAAACUUUUUUUUAUAUAUAUAUAUUUUUUUCUUCUUCUCAGACCUGGUUCUGAGGCUGCUGUCAAUAUUAAUGGACUUUCUGGUUCUGACUUUCUUUCUGAUGUAACAGUACGAAAAGGGAGCUUCGCUUAAACACUUGAGUCUGGCUGUAUAACAGUAAUAAGUCCCAGAGACAGAGUGGAGACUGGUCAGUACACUUUUCUCUUAAGACUUCAAUACACACUACUAUAUUUAUUGGCACAAUAGGUUUCAGGUGCGUUCAUUAUGUUAACAGGAUUUUAUUGAGUAUUUUUGUACAGCUAACAGAGAACGGUACUGGACUCAACGAUGGUCCCAGUUUUCCUGAUGAAAAAUAUUUUCCAUAAAAGAAGCAGGUACUUUAUUUCCACUUAAGGGCCUUAUUAACACAGGUCUGGUACUGUGUGAGACGUCAGUCUGUCCUGUUUAGGCUUGGCGACACCCGCUGUUUCUGUGAUUCCUCUAGUCAGCCAGUAGAGCUGCUGGGUCACACACACACACACACACACACACACACACACACACACACACACACACACACACACACACACACACACACGGGGGCUGGAUGUUGUUGGGGGUUCCAGUAACCUGACUCUACCCCCAAGGUGCAAUGUGCUGGGAAUACUUGCCCCCCUGUGCAACACACACACACACUCAAUACGGACACACACACACACACUCAAUACGGACACACACACUCAAUACGGACACACACACACACUCAAUACGGACACACACACACACUCAAUACGGACACACACACACACUCAAUACGGACACACACACACACUCAAUACGGACACGGACACACACACACACACUCAAUACGGACACACACACACACACUCAAUACGCACACGGACACACACACACUCAAUGCGCACACGGACACACACACACACACUCAAUACGGACACGGACACGCACACACAAACACACACCUCUGUCAGCCUCGAACUUCCCUGCUUAUGCACGCUAGACCCUUCCCACUGCCAAUAGGAGAGAGAGGAGGUGGGUAGUGAGGGUGUAUUGUCCAUCUCAACACAUCCACAGGAACCAGUGGUUUGCUGGAAAUGACUUUAGGGUUAGCGCUGGGGAAGUGUAGCUACAACAAAGGGUUGAAAACGGUGCAAUACUUUCUGUCCAAUGUUGCUUGUAAUCAGUCGCUUUGUUCGCGUCGACACAACAGCUGCCCUUACAUGUCACACGUUUUUUUGCACCUUGCCAAAAACAACGCACAUUUCCACCAUCAACUCACCACACAACGAGACUCAUCGGUUUUAUAUUCUGAUAGGAAAGAAGUUAAAAAAACAAAACAAGUGUCAGCACACAACUUGAGAAUCGAGGAGUGCUAGAACGACCGUCGUAAAGCUGAAGACCUUCCUCUUUAUCAUUUUAUUUUCCCUUCAGUGUUUUACAUUUAUGCAAGUGACAAUUUGAUGUACUUUUUUUUCACCACUGGUUUAAAUACCACAACAUUAAGCAGUGCUGUGCUACAAAGCUGUACAUGAUGUUUGCAUUUAUAGUACAGCGCAUAAGAGCAAAAUCCAAUGGGUACAGAUUAGUGUUAACUACAGAUUUAACCUCAGCGGACUGAUCUCCGCUGAAUGUAUUUUGACUAAAGUGUGCCAUGGGUUUUUGUAUUCCACUUUUUUCAUAUUUUUUUUUUUUACCUCUAUCUCUCCCUUCUGAAAGGCUGGAAGCAGUUAGUCCUAGAGGACUGUUGUGUAUUUUGCGGUAUAAUCUCUGCCAGGCUUUUCUGUAGUUAACCCACUGUAGGGGUGUAGAGGGAGGGAGAGAUGGACGGAACAAGGAACGGAGGGAGGAGGAGGUGUGACUGGAUAUUUUACAUUUUGUUUUUGUACUCAUCUGAUCAUUAAACUGCCUCCCUCCUUCUCCUCUUCCUCUCCUUCCCUCUCCAAAAUGUUAGUGGAAAUAAAAACGAGCUUGAAAUUUUGUUUCGAAAAGAGAGAGAACGUGAAAAGCAAAAAAAAAGUGUUUUCAGUAAGAGGGCGAUCAUGGUGAUGAUAUAAUGGUUGGUGUAGAAAAGAGGACAAUAUGAGAAAGUUGACCCCAAACCCUUUCAACAACCAGUCACAUCCCAUCUAGCUACCACUCCAGGAAUAGGGUGACUUAACCUGUUUUACCCCAUUUGGUACAACCAAUGUCUUCUAUGGUACAGUUAUAUGGCACAGAACCUACUGUUAUGUUAUGCAAAAGGAACCGUUACCAUACCUACCAAGGCUGGAACUAUAGAACUAGAAUUAUCAUCAUUCUAAUUCUAUGGUUGGAACACAUUUUAAAGGUUGUACUGUGAUUUGUCUGCAAAAUUGUAAACUUUUAUUUGUUUAAAAAAAAAAAACGUUGGAAUUUCAAAGGUUACGAUAUGCGCUGAAAUAAACUUUGUUGCUUUCAUAUUUCGGGUACGUUUAGUUUGACAAUGUUUAAUUUCUUUAGGUUUUUCUGCAGCGCUUUUUGGCUUUGAGCUAUUAGAUUUGACCAAUACAAAAGCUUUAUUUGGCAAAAUACUUUCUGUGAUUGAGAAGUCUUACCUAAUCAAUUCAAUCAAUCAGAAAGAUGAGUAUCGAUUAUCAAGCCUAUCGGCAUUGUUCAGUUUUUCUUACGAUUUAGUUUUAGUGAAUGAGGAUUCUGUUGUCCUGAUCUGAUAUAGGCCACUACGGCCACGUCCUAAAACUCCAUUCUAGACAUGUACUGGACUUGCAUUCUCAGUAGUGUGCGACAAGCUACUAGUGUGCAUACUAAGUUGUAUGCUAGUGUGGAUGUUUUGAAAAGGGCCAUAGUGUUCUGAGUAAAGAAUAACAAACCCUUUAGAAAAGAAUGGAAAAAUGUGGAUGAUGAUACCUACAUAAUAUAUUACAGAGGAAGUAAGUGGUACUGCGUAAACAUAUGCAGUUGUAUUUUCUUUGUUUUAUCUAGUUUACAGAAAAGAGCAGAAUCUCUGUAGUUUUUGUUGGUGUUGUGUUGAUACUUUUGGUUGAGACUCUUAAAGACAGACGAGGGUUUAAAAUCAUUUUUAAACUACAGACAGGAGAAACUUUUUUCCAAAAAGUACGACUUGGAAAUUUUGCAGUUUUGUAAAAAAAGAGAAAAAAAAGUCAAAAGAAGUAAAAAUCGCUGCCUAAUGUUUUGUAACUAUUACUAUUUUAUUUGCUGCUGUGUAGUACGAAAUAACAACUGGUUGGUUGAUGGCAACCACCACAGUGAUGAGGAAGGUGUCAUUUUCAUUGCUACCUGUGUUUUGUUUCAGAAUUGAAUGGCUUUGUAAUUUAGCUUUACGGAACAGACCGUUCUCUUCAUACUGUGGAGGUGUUGAUCCUCAGAUGUGCAUUAUAUUUUCUCAGCAACGUACGUCUUUAGGGGAAAAAAUUCAAAUAACAAUGAUUUUCAAAAUAACUGUUCUUGGGGGAUUCCACCCCCCUCCCCCCCUUUUAAAUAGCAUACAGUUGUUUUUCUUCAUGUUAACAGCUCCUCAAGGCACCUCUUUUCUUCUCUUUAUUUCUCAUUUACUUUGGGGGGGGGGAGGGGGAGGCUCUAUUGAAGGAAUGUUGAGCGUUGCAUAGUGUUUAUAUUUAUCAGACUUUUUUUUGCUUUCGAUAGAGCUAUUGCAAUAAAAAUGUGUUAAUGUA